AUGGUGGCGAGAUGGUGGCGAGGUAUAAGGAGGGAGGCCAGGGGCGGCACUCCAGGACGUGACAGUGGAAGAGGGGGAGGUGUAGAUGACAGUGGAGGUGGGAAGGCGCAGUGGAAUGGACAUAGAUGGUGGCGAGGUAUAAGGAGGGAGGCCAGGGGCGGCACUCCAGGACGUGACAGUGGAAGAGGGGGAGGUGUAGAUGACAGUGGAGGUCGGAAGGCGCAGUGGAAUGGACAUAGAUGGUGGCGAGGUAUAAGGAGGGAGGCCAGGGACGGCACUCCAGGACGUGACAGUGGAAGAGGGGGAGGUGUAGAUGACAGUGGAGGUGGGAAGGCGCAGUGGAAUGGACAUAGAUGGUGGCGAGGUAUAAGGAGGGAGGCCAGGGGCGGCACUCCAGGACGUGACAGUGGAAGAGGGGGAGGUGUAGAUGACAGUGGAGGUCGGAAGGCGCAGCGGAAUGGACAUAGAUGGUGGCGAGGUAUAAGGAGGGAGGCCAGGGACGGCACUCCAGGACGUGACAGUGGAAGAGGGGGAGGUGUAGAUGACAGUGGAGGUGGGAAGGCGCAGUGGAAUGGACAUAGAUGGUGGCGAGGUAUAAGGAGGGAGGCCAGGGGCGGCACUCCAGGACGUGACAGUGGAAGAGGGGGAGGUGUAGAUGACAGUGGAGCAGUUCUGCUUCCAGCAGUGCAACCAUCAACAAUAUAG